CCCUUCCCUCCUGUCUCCUCUCUCUCUCCUCUCCAACAUUCAAGAAAAAACCCAGAUUUCUCUCACUAUUAUUGACUGAAUCCGACAGAUUUGUAGCAAAUUUUCAUCUUCUCAAGAACACCAACAUCUUAAAAGUUAAAAGCGAAAAUGGGUUUUUCAUCUUCGUUUUCGUUCACUACAUGAAUAUGGUGAUGAUCUUGAAGAUCCCUAUAUCUGGUUCUCUGAUGAACCAUUGAUGAGAUGAAGGAAGGUGAAAGGAAAAGACUUUAACCCAAGUGAGAAGAUAGCAGAAUUAACCCUAAAGUUGAGGUCUUUUUCGUCAUUUUCUCACAUACCCAAAUAAAUUUUCUUGCUGAUAAACAUUGCAAAGAUGAGGAAACAUGGAUGGCAACUUCCAUAUCAUCCUCUCCAGGUGGUAGCUGUUUCUGUAUUUCUCGCAUUGGGUUUUGGUUUCUAUGUAUUCUUCGCUCCUUUUGUUGGAAAAAAGAUGUAUCAGUAUAUUGUAAUGGGGAUCUACACUCCUCUCAUUAUAUCUGCAUUCGGUUUGUACAUAUGGUGUGCUGGAGCGGAUCCAGCAGAUCCAGGAGUUUUCAAGUCAAAAAAGUAUCUUAAAACCCCAAACAACAAAACAGGUCAUAGAGUAAAAGAAUCAAAACAUGGUGGUGAAUCAGCAUCAUCAAUACAAGAUGCAAACACUGCAAGUGUUGGAGACAAACCUUCAAUCAAGAACAGCAAGAAUCAAGAUUCAAGAACAGAAGACAACGUGUCUGAAACCAACAAUGAGACAUCAACAUCAAAACCAUUAAUGGCUAUCUUGGCUUUAAUUCCUUGUGCUUUGAUGUGUCAUUGCUCAAAUCCAAGUGAUGAAUCUUCUGAACUCCAUACGAGUGAAGAUGGCAUGUUCUACUGUAGUUUGUGUGAAGUUGAGGUUUUCAAGUAUAGCAAGCAUUGUAGAGUUUGUGACAAAUGUGUGGAUCGAUUUGAUCAUCAUUGCAGGUGGUUGAAUAACUGUGUAGGCAAGAAAAACUACAGAAAGUUCUUUACUCUUAUGAUCUCUGCUCUUCUCCUGCUUAUACUUCAGUGGUCAACUGGUAUCGUUGUCUUGAUAUGCUGUUUCCUUGAUCACAAGAGAUUCAACUUAGAUAUAGCUUCCAAACUUGGAAGCAGCUUCUCAUUGGUGCCUUAUGUUAUAGUUGUGGCAGUGUGCACUAUUUUGGCUAUGAUUGCAACAUUGCCACUUGUUCAGCUUUUCUUCUUCCACAUUCUUCUCAUAAAGAAGGGUAUAAGUACUUAUGAUUACAUCAUAGCAUUAAGGGAGCAAGAACAACAAGGAAUGGGUGGACAACAAAGUCCUCAAAUGUCACCUGCAAGUUCUAUAACUGGUUUAAGCAGUGCAAGUUCCUUUAAUAAUUUUCGUCAAGGAGCUUGGUGUACACCUCCACGUUUGUUUGUUGAAGAUCAGUAUGAUGUAGUUCCACAAGACACUGGUUCAGUGAGCUCAUUGGGGAAGAAAACAAUAGAAGAGCCCAUGAAGAAAAAGAACCCGGCACCCGUGAAAAUCAGCCCGUGGACCUUGGCCCGUUUGAACGCAGAGGAAGUGUCAAAAGCAGCAGCAGAAGCCCGAAAGAAGUCCAAAAUCUUGCAACCCGUGUCAAGAAAAGAGGGCCAACAAAUGGGCCCGGGUAUGGGCCCAGGCCCAUAUGGUCUUGAAAGGGAUAGCAGCCUCGGAAGCAGUGAACGCCGGUUGUUCUCCCGCAUCGAUAACAACCGAAGGCGGGGAAGCAAGCGGGUCCGCCUCCCGGAACAUUUACAACCCGUGGAACAGCCGCCAGCAACUGGCGGCAGUUUGGCUGGUUUGGUGCCUUUGCAGCUUGAAGCCCGGAGUGUUUUCCGGCCAAUGUCGGGUUCGAAUGGAAUCAUCGGGUCUUCUCCGGAUAGUAGCUUGGACUCGCCGGAUAUUCAACCGGUUAGGAUCUCAUCGGGGGCUGAGGAGGGGCGGAAGUCCACCGGGCUGCCGCCCUCUGCCGCCCAUGUAGGGGUGAUGCCGCUGUCGAGAUCAACUAGUGAUGGUUAUGAUGCAUCUGGUGGUGAAGAUAGUGAUCGUGUAUCCUCUCGGUUGGUUCAAAGAUCCGGAAAUUGGGGUGCACGGUUUUUUGGUGGUGAAGAAGAUGAACGGAUUGCAAGAUUCAAGAUGCCAUCUUCUUCAACAUCAUCGACUUAUCCAAAUGAAAGGAAGAUGUAAUCAAGAUUCAAGAUUAUGAUUCUUGAAACGGGUGGAGACUAUUUUUGCAAUUUUUUCAUUUAUUAGCCCGGGGGUAUGGGGAAGUUGGAUUAUUGACUCGGGUAUACUGAAAGGUAACGAGUUUGUGGGGGGUUGUGAGAAGGUGGAUGGAAGGGGGAGAUGACUCAACUGAGGAAUGAUUUGUUCAUGUAAACGAGAUUGCUGGCUAUUUGUGAAGUCAUUAGCCAUGUUUGUGAAUAUAUUUGCUCAAAUGCCAACGUUUCUAAUUAAUUUGUUAAGAAAUGAGAUACUUGACAUAAAAUGAUGUUUUGGUUAAUUGGUG